CACUACAAUAUGCAAUGUGCAAGUAAGUAGACAAACAAAACCUAAACUCCCCUUGACCAUUACUUACCUUUCAUUAAGAUGGAAAGUCUUUUAGUUUUCUUUAUCUUCUCUCUUGUAGCUUCUUCAAGUCAAGCCAUUCAACACGAUUUUUGUGUAGGAGACCUUAGUCUCCCAAUGGGACCAGAAGGAUAUGCUUGCAAAGAUCCUGCUAGAGUCACUGUUGAUGACUUUGUUUACACUGGUUUUCGUGGUGAGAAACCUACCACAAAUAUUUUUAAAAACCAUUUAACUCUAGCAUUUGCAGAUGCAUAUCCAGCUUUGAAUGGCCUAGGUAUCGCCUUGGCGAGGUUAGACUUUGCCGUUGGAGGAGUUAUUCCAGUUCACUCCCACCGAACAUCAGAAGUUCUUCUCUUGGCAAAAGGGUCAAUCAUUGCAGGAUUUAUUGAUACAAACAACACUGCAUACUAUAAAAAGUUAGAGGUUGGUGAUGUCAUGAUGUUUCCACAAGCCAUGCUCCACUUUCAAAUUAACGUUGGUAAAACACCAGCUCUAGCUUUUGUAAGCUUGAACGGUGCGAAUCCAGGAUUACAAAUCACUUCUUCUUCCUUCUUUGAUGGAAAUUUACCAGCUGAAAUAGCCAAGAAAAUCACUCUUUUAAGUCAUCAAGAAGUUAUUCGUAUGAAGAAGUUAUUUGGCACGGCUUAACUAAGAGUAACUCACGAAACUACGUACCUGUCUUAUUAUUCGUUGUUUUGCAUGGCGUCUAUCAAGCUUGAUUUACUUAAUUGCAUGUACAAUACAAUUUUACCUUCUACCUAAGGAAUAGAUGUUUGUUGUGUUUUUUUUCAUUCGUUGCUACCUAAGGAAUAGAUGUUUGUUGUUUUUUUUUUUCAUUCGUCGCUAAAAUUUCGUGACAUAUAUGUAUUUAGUUUUAAUCUUGAACUCUUAAUAAAAUAGGUACUCCUUAAAUUA